AUGGCACCUCAAGAUCAGUACCUCGAUGAUGAGGAGGAGACAUGUCCCCUCUGCAUCGAGGAGUUUGACCUCUCCGACAAGAACUUUCGACCGUGUCCCUGUGGAUACCAGGUCUGCCAGUUCUGCUUCCACAACAUCAAAAAUAACAUAAACGGUCUUUGCCCCGCCUGUCGACGACCUUACGACGAGAAAACAAUACAAUACAAAGCCGUGACAGCUGAAGAGCAAGCCGAGUUUCGCGCGAGGCAGCAGACUAGCAAAAAGAAACGUGCCGAGUUGCAAGGUCAAAAAGAGAUACAGAGGCGCGACACGGAGAAGGACGCGCGCAAGAACCUCGUCGGCAUACGCGUCGUGCAGAAAAACCUCGUCUACGUCACCGGACUGACCCCUACCGUACGAGAGGACGAGUUGCUCAAGACCCUACGACAACCUCAAUUCUUUGGCCAGUAUGGCAACAUUCAGAAAAUUUCGAUUAGCAAUCGGAAGACUCAAGACGGCCAUAACCAAUCCCUUGGAAUUUAUGUCACUUUCGAGAAGAAGGAAGACGCCCAGCGCUGUAUCCAGGCUGUCAACGGCUCCCAAAAUGGCGAACGAAUCCUCAAGGCGCAGCUCGGCACGACCAAGUACUGUUCUGCCUGGCUACGAUACGAGCAGUGCAACAACCGCCAGUGCAUGUUUUUGCAUGAACUUGGCGAUGAGGAAGACAGCUACACCAGACAGGAUCUUUCAUCACUCAAUAGCAUGCAGACACAGCGACCAUAUGGCGGCGGCAAUUCUUCGCGGUCCGCGUCGCGACAACAGGGCCCUCCUCCGCAAUCGUAUCAUGCACCUCAGCCUAUGGUUCGCACCUCUAGCAAAGACGGAUCGGAGAGCGGGGAUGCUCCAGCCUUGCCAGCAUCAGCAAACUGGGCCCGUAGUCAGCAACAGCGUAGCCGUCGUGGCAGUCAUGCAACUAGUGGUGCAGCCUCGAGCCCCGCCGUAUCCAUGUCUUUGCCCGCAACAACCGAAGCGACCGAGGAGGCCGUCGAAACUGCACCUCAAGAACCGCCCCAGGAACAACCGGCCGCGCAGCAGCCCGAACCCACUCCAGCAGAAACAUCAACCGAUUCUCUGGUCGCCGAACCACCGGAGCCUAAGAACCCUUGGGACACCGCGCUGUUUGGACUUCUGAAGUCAAUGGGCGGCGCAGAGCUCAAGCUUCGACCUGUCACACCUGACAACUCCAUCCCCCCUCUAUUUGAUCCUCGAGGAGGCGAACGACGCCGGGCGAUGCGGGACGAGGAGGAGCGCCAACUCAAUGGGGAGCAUGAGCAGCAGCAGGCCGAGCCAGUGGAGCCACUCGAGCCCGAGGGAGAGCCUGAGAGCGGUAGCUUGGCACUGGGGGGCGAACCAGAAGAGCGUGAACAGAGUCGCGAAACGCAUGCUUUUGAGCAACGCAGAUCGAUCGCCCAGGUACCCAUUCAGCGUACCAACACCGAGGGCUUGUUCGGUCCCAAUGUUGGCUCAAGCUUUGCUCAGGGCGCAGCAAAUGUUGCCUCGAUCGGCAACCGCACCAUGACUCCACAGCAACAGGCCUACAUGCGACCACAGGCCAGCUUCGCGGAGAGCAUGCCACCUGGUAUCAGCGCCUCUCAGUCAGCGCUGUUCCAGGGCCAAGGCCAGGGUCACAGCCGGCAGACAUCCCGUUAUAGCUUUGCAAACGAGAACCAGCAGUCGGCCAAUACCGUGAAGCUUGCUACGAAUCCUCGCCUCAUGGCGCAGCAGCAAGCUUCCAUGUUGCCCUCGACUUUCCACUCUCAGCCGAGCGGCCAGUACUACUCCUCGUCCUCGAUGCCUGGUCCUCCACCAGGGCUCAAGUCUACGGGCACGCCCCCGAGCAUGUUUGGUCAGGGCAACAACGCAUUUGGCAGCUCUGGAUUCGGCGCGAAGGACUCCAACGAGGUUCUUCACAGCCUGAUCAGGAGUCGAGCUGGUGGGGUCGGUCAGGGCCAUGAUGCUAACAAGCCUCCUGCUACCGCCGGCUUCAUGGGAGCGCUCUAUAACGGAGCAUACCAAGAUCUCGGUGCCAAGCAGAAGAAGAAGGGGAAGAAGCACAGGCACGCUAACACUUCCUCCUCUGGGGGGAGUGGCUUAGUAGAUCUUGCGGACCCAAGCAUCCUGCAGGCGAGAAUCCAGCAUCAUCAACAGAGCAAUGCCGGGGUCGGAUCGGGGCUGUUUGGAGGCCAGGCCCAAGGUGGGUACAACCCCAACAUGUUGUACAACUCUCAGCCGCAAUAUCGGGAUGAGGAAGAUCCGUUCCUGAGCGACGCCACAAAUAUCGUCGAUGCCCUCGUGUCCGAUGAUCCCCUUGACGAGGACACCUCAGUUUCAACGGAUGCGUUCCAAAAGUUCAUCGCGCCGACCACCCCAACCGUUCCGCCUCCUGGGUUGGGUUUCACAGCACAUAGUCAUCCUCAAAGGACCGCGACGCCUUUGCAGGCGCCUCCGGGAAUCGCUGGCCCUGCCAUUCCGCCACCUGGUGGGCUGCUCUUUAAUACCGCGCCUAGCCCUGUCGUUCCGCUGAAACCGGUAUCUGCGUCUCCUGCCUCGACCACGGAUUCAGCAAAUACGAGCAAGAAAGGAGCUGAGCCGACCACUGGGGCUCAGGCCAAGAAGAACAUCAAGGCGCUGGCUCUCGACAGCGGCCUGUCUAUGGAGAUUGCUUCCCAGGCCAACACUUCUGCCAAGGGCAAGAAACCAGUGCUCCAGGAUGAGGAUUUCCCAGCUUUGGAAUCUGCUAAGCCCGCGUCUCGGGCUUCGACACCUGCACCAGUGAAAGCGCCCUCUAUCAAGACUCCAAUGGUUGCGAAGAAGGUUCAAGCUGAGACUCCUAAAGCUGCCACAACGCCUGCUGCAAGCGAGCCCCCGGCCCAGCUUGCAUCUGCACCAAAAGUUGAGAGGAAGACCGAGAAGAAGGUUGUGCCUGGCGUUUUGAAUAUCGCGGCCGCGACCAAAGCUGCUGCAGCUGUGGCAAAGUCCAAUCCUCCAUCCACUGUCACAUCGGCGGUGGAGAAGGCGGAUGAGGCAGCGUUCCCAGCUUUGCCAACGCCAACUUCGGUUUCUGUGUCCUCGCCUGCCGCCAGAGUGCCCAAGACUUUGCGUGUUGUGUCCACGCCAAAGGCAGAGACGCCCCCAUCCAUGUCCGCCGGAGCUACGGCACCUGGAUCGCUCCGCCAUGCGUUCUCUACUCUGCAGCGGCCAGAGACUCCAGGUAGCGCGGAUGUCUCCGAUACUGCGUCGAUUCUAUCGGCGUCAGCAUCUGCCUCUCGGACGAACUCUCCCCCUCCUGGACCUUCGCGAGUUGGCUCGGCUGCUGUUCGCAAUACAACCAAGAGUCAACAGCGUAAAGCCAGAAAAGACGCCACGAAGAAGGAGGCGGCUGCGAUCGCAGUCCAGACGAAGCCGGAACCCGAGGUCGUGAUCGCCCCAAUUGUGGGACGCAAGAAGAAGCAGAAGAAGGAGCCGAAGCAGGCGGUGUCCAAGGAGGCAACCCCAUCAACCGAGAGUCGCUCUCAAUCACCUGGACCAGCAGAGAAGACUGUCGAAAAGGAAGGCAAGCUUGCAGCCGAAGAGAAGGUUUCGACUUACCGCCAGGCCGUCAAUGAGUCCAUGAGUCUGGAAGAGCCGCUGAUUCCUCGAACGAGGAGGAAGGAAGGUAACGCCUCCUCUAAUAGCGAGGGCUCAAAACCAGCGACCGAUAGGCCAGUCCCUCCACCCGCCGCUGUACUCCAAGAGCUCGCGUCGGCCGGUUUGAUCACGGAUGUUGACGCAUUGAGCCUGUUGAGGGGCAUCACGAGCACUUCUCACCGCUCUGAGCAGUACACGCCGGUCGUGCCCAAGGAUGGCUUGACCGAGAUCAAGUCCAUGCUCAGUGAGGAGGACCAGCAGGCUCUCCUAUCUGGCAAGCCCGUGCACAAGAUCAUCGAUGGCUCGCGCGUCUUGCUUACACCAAAUGGCAAUUGCGUGCGCAACCUGACUGCCGCCGAGGAGCAGCGCUACCUUGAAUUACUAGCGGAACUCGCCACAAAGGUUGGAGAUCCUGCAACAUACGUGCACUCACGACACGAGGCUGGCAACGGCUUCAGCGUGAUCAAGGGGCGCGCAGUUGCCAACGGCACACCGAGCUACUUCCCUCAAGGGUCAGCACCAGCCACUGCUGACGGUCCGCAUCUACCCGCGGUCUCGGAUCCAAUUCAGAAGAUGACCCGCGAGGAAGCGCUCGCCAACAUCAACCAAUCGAUCCUGCCACGCCUGAACCUCGGUACGGCGAAUCUGAACACCCUCGCGGCCGUCACUGACCCGAAGCACCCCAUCAACACUUCACCAGGCCCGGGCCAGAAUAACAACACUCCUCAAAUCCCUCCGCUGUCCAAGCAGGAUCUCGCCAACGCCACGAAUGCACUGAACUCGCUCGCUCCACUGAUUCUCAACUUUGCGUCCUCCGGUUCGCCGUCGUCCACCGCCGCGCUGGCCGCCGAGCUCACAGGCCAGUCGGCAGGCUCAAGCCUGGCGAAGCUGGACCCGGCAGAUGAGUUCUCUGGCAUGGCGAACACCAUGACGGCAACACCAACGAUGCCGUCGCUCGCGUCGUCCGUGGCAGGCAAGAGCGGGAACGUGGGCGCGUCGUCGAGCGCGCUGGCCAACUUCCCGAUGAUGAGCGUCGAGGACAUGGAGCAGGCGUUUGCGCUCGCCAAGAAGGAGGCCGAGAAGAUGGAGAAGAGCCUGAACCAGUCGGCUGCGACCCCUACCACCUCUGCUGUCACCGCCGGUAGCAAGGCGACGCGCCUGCGGAGGCGCGAGCUGUUGCAGCGCGGCAUCGCGAGGGUCGGGCUCGCUGCGUCCCGCGCCGUUGGGUUCGACGACCUGCGGUUCGGCGGCGCCCUCGGCGUGAGCUGCGGCUUUGCGCUGCGGGCGACGGUCGCUGUGUUCUGUAUGUUCAGCGUCGUGGUGGCCAAGGUGGCCCUGUGGAUGGUCACGGUGGUCGUGGGGAUGUACGGCUUCGGGGCGUGGACUUUGAGGGCUCUAGUGGCCCUUCUUGACUGGGUUGGGGCCACGUACUGA